AUGAAUACAUGCCCAUGUGUUGGUGCUGCUCAGUGCUUGCUUAGAGCUGGCCUUUUCCCAUGUGCUCCUUCCCCUCCUACUCUUGCUGUUGAUCUUUGUGUUCUCUGGUUCAUUGAAAUGCUUGCAUUGUGUACUGCCCCCAAUGUCUCGGCAUGGACAGACACUCUGGAAGCAUACUUGCGUGGUAUGGGCUAUAAACUUCCAAUGAAGGUGAACCUCUGUUGUUUCCAUGAUAAUCUUUACUAA